UAGCAAGUCCGGGCUUCCGGCCGGUGGCGCAUGCGCAGCCUAGUUAUUGUGCGCUGAGCGACUCUGUAGGUCAGCUCGGUGCUCAGGGCCCUCUGGGAAGAUGGCCGGAGCUGGCAUGGCGUCUCUGGGCGCCUGGGUACCUUGUCGGAGGUGGAGCAAAGCGGCCGUCUUUGGCUUCCACCGUGGCUUCACCGCAUUAUUCAAAAGGAAGCUCGAGGGGACGCCACGGUGGCUCCCAGCUUGCAGACAAAAGACAUCAGUCUCUUUCCUUAGUCGACCAGACCUUCCAAAACUGGCUUAUAAGAAGCUAAAAGGCAAAAGUCCAGGAGUUAUCUUCAUCCCUGGCUAUGUUUCUAAUAUGAACGGUACAAAAGCAUUGGCGAUUGAAGAGUUUUGCAAAUCUCUAGGUCACGCCUAUAUAAGGUUUGAUUACUCAGGAGUUGGAAAUUCGGAGGGCAACUUAGAAGAAUGCACAGUGGGAAGAUGGAGAAAAGAUGUUCUUUCUAUAAUUGAUGACUUAGCUGAAGGACCGCAGAUACUAGUUGGAUCUAGCCUUGGAGGAUGGCUUAUGUUUCAUGCUGCAAUUGCAAGGCCACAAAGAGUUGUUGCCCUUAUUGGUGUAGCAACAGCUGUAGAUGGCCUGGUGACACAGUUCAAUCAGCUUCCUGUUGAGGUCAAAAAGGAAGUAGAGACGAAAGGCGUGUGGGCCAUGCCAUCAAGGUACAGUGAAGACGGAGUUUAUCACCUUCAGUACAGUUUCAUUAAGGAAGCCGAACACCACUGCUUGUUACAUAGCCCUAUCCCUGUGAACUGCCCGGUACGACUGCUCCAUGGCAUGAAAGAUGACAUCAUACCUUGGCAUACAUCCAUACAGGUUGCUGACCGAGUGGUCAGUGCAGAUGUAGAUGUCAUCCUCCGAAAGCAUAGUGAUCACCGAAUGAAGGAAAAAGCAGACAUUCAACUCCUUGUUUACACUAUUGAUGACUUAAUUGAUAAGCUUUCAACUGUAGUUAACUAGAAUCACAUUUUUAGUUGGUAUGUAAACCAACAGAUCCAGAAGCUUGGAAGAGGGAUAACAAAUGAAAGACCCCGAUACUUGGGUUUUUUCCUCUUGUCUCUACUUUGUAAAUAUCACAUGAGUAUUUAUUCAAUGAUGUAGGAUACAAAUGGUGCAGAUCGUGAAGAAAGUACAAGCUGCUGUUUGGAAAAUUUCCUCCUUCCUCCAAUCUUUGAUUUUUUUAAAUUGAAGUAUUGUUGACACGCCAGUGUUAUGUCAAAUCACAUAGUGAUUCAACAGCCCUAUAUGUUACACCGCGCUCACCACAAGCGUAGCUAUUGUCUGUACGAUACGGCGCUAUUACAAUACCAUUGACUCUGUUCCCUGUGCGGUACCUUUCAUCCCAGUGGUUACUCAUUCUGUAGCUGGAAGCCUGUAGCUCCCACUCUUCUUCACUUAUUUUUGUUCAUCCACCCACCCCCUCCCUUUGACAACCACCAGUUCUCUGUUUCUGUGGGUCUGUUUCUGCUUUGUUUGUUUUGCUUUUUAGGUUCCACAUAUAAGUGAAAUCAUACCAUAUUUUGUCUUUCUCUGUCUUAUUUCACUUAAUUUAAUACCUUCUAGAUGUAUCCAUGUUGCAUGGUUGUUUUGUGUUUUGUUUUGUUUUGUUUUGUUUCUUUCAUUAAAAUAUUUCCUACUUUUUUGUUCAAGAGAUGUUUACCUGCUAAAUGCUUAUGUUAAAUCGGGACAGCUCUUAAUUUGUUGUAUUCUUGUCUACUUAGAAUUGUUAAUAAAGCUGGAGUUUUUUGUCUUU